AUGCAUCAUCAUCUCCUUCUUCUUCUUCAUUCUCCCAUAGAAGCCAUAAUAGCAGGACUUGUAACCCUUGCAUUUGUAUUCUAUUUCCUAUGGAACUUUAGAAAAUCCUCAAAAACCCUACCCCCAGAGAUCCCAGGAGGGUGGCCAGUGAUCGGCCAUCUUUUUUAUUUCAAAAAUGAUGGCGAUCACGACCGUACUUUAGCUCAAAAACUCGGAGAUUUAGCUGAUAAACAUGGUCCAAUCUUGACUUACAAGCUAGGGUUUCGCCGUUUUUUGGUGGUGAGUAGUUAUGACGCUAUUAAAGAAUGCUUCACAACUAACGAUAUUCGUUUCUCCAAUCGCCCCGCCUUGCUAUACGGUGAUCACCUUUGCUAUAACAAUGCCAUGCUUUUUAUUGCCAAAUAUGGACCUUAUUGGAGAAAAAUUCGAAAGCUAGUCAAUCAAGAAGUUCUCUCAGUCAAUCGCCUCGAAAAAUUCAAACAUAUUAGGGUUUCUAUAGUUCAAGAAAAUGUUAAAGAACUAUAUGAUCGUUGUGAUUCAACGAUAAAUCUUACUGAUUGGAUAGAUAAAUUGUCGUUCGAUAUAAUUUUGAAAAUGAUUGCUGGGAAGAGUUAUAAUAAUGGACAUGGAGAAAUACUCAAAAUAGCUUUUCAAAAAUUUAUGGUUAUUGCCAUGGAAUUUGAGCUAUAUGAUAUUUUUCCUAUUCAAUUGUUUAAAUGGGUGGAUUUUAGUGGGAAUAUUAAGGUUGUGAAGGAAACUUUCAAGGAAAUUGACACUGUUUUUCAAGGUUGGUUAGAUGAACAUAUUAAGAAGAGAGAAUUGAAUGAGGUUUUGGAUGAAAAUGAAGAAGAUUUCAUUGAUUCUAUGCUUUCAAAAACAAGCAAUGAACAUCUUGGUGAUACUCACUCUCCUAACAUCACCAUCAAAGCAACAAUAUUUUCAUUGGUCUUGGACGCAACAGAGACACUUGCUCUUCACAUAAAGUGGGUAAUGGCGUUAUUGAUAAACAAUAAACUUGAGAUGAAGAAAGCACAAGAAGAGAUUGACACAAUUGUUGGUAAAGAUAGAUGGGCAGAAGAGAGUGAUAUUAAGAAUUUGGUGUACCUCCAAGCAAUUGUUAAGGAAGCAUUGCGAUUAUAUCCACCUGCACCUUUAUCAGUACCACACGAAUCCGUGGAAGAUUGCGUUGUCAACGGGUACCACAUUCCUAAGGGCACUGUACUACUUCCAAAUGUUAUGAAACUACAACGAGAUCCGAAAAUAUGGUCAAAUCCUGAUAAAUUUAAUCCAGAAAGAUUUUUGACGACUCAUGCUAAAAUUGACUAUCGUGGGCAACACUACGAGUUUAUCCCUUUUGGGACGGGGAGACGAGCUUGUCCUGCAAUGACGUAUGCAUUGCAAGUGGAGUACCUUUCAAUUGCUCAUUUGAUUCAGGGUUUCAAUUUUUACACUCCCUCAAACGAGUCUUUGGAUAUGAAAGAAGGUGUAGGCAUAACUGCACCUAAGAAGAAUCCUAUUGAAGUGUUAAUUACACCUCGCCUAUCUACUACGCUUUACCAAUAUUAAGAUGUUUUGUUGUCACGGUUCAUUGAGAUUCAAAUCGUUUGUCGUUCUGAUCUACCCUCAAUGUUAAAAAAAAUUAAGAUGUUUUAUUUUGGUUAAGAUUGUUUCACAGAUGGUUAUGCCUCUACUUUUCUUAUA